AGUCCGGCGCUCGCGCUGUAUAAAUAGAGAAAGUUUUGCUGCAAGCAGAGAAUCUGAGGAGGAAGACGGGAGGAAGUUUGGAAACUGUCUGCUUUAAACUCUUCCUCUAGCAACAUGGACAGCAUCAGGACAGCGGUGUAUCUCGGCGUGUGUGUGUUAUUGCUCAGCACUGUGUGUCAGGCUCACACUUCUCUGGACCACCGACUGCCCAUGUCCGAGGAGCAGCUAGUCACCAGAGACAUGGCUGAAGCACUGGAAAGCCUUCUGGAAGGAGAUGGAGACAAUCAGAUAGCACUGGAUAAAAGAGCAAGCAUCAUUCCGAGGUGUGAUGUAGGAGAGCGGUGUGCCCUGAAGCACGGACCACGCAUCGGCCGUCUGUGUGACUGUAUGAGAGGGAGUGCAUGCAACACCUUCUUCCUGCGCUGCUACUGACUGAGCUUGCAGAUCUACACUUCCCAUCAGGCAUAGUGUGGCUAGCACUGAUGGGAUCUUACGUUGCUGAUGUCUUAAAACUGUUGUCUAGUUCGUAAACGUCUCAUGUAUGUUUGAUAAAGACACAUGUAUGGUUACAUUUAUUUAUUUUUGUUUAAUAAAAUGUCUUUAAGACUCA